AUGUUUUCUUCCAUUGUUCAUCUCUCCUACACUUUCGUUGUAUUGACCUCUAUCUUGACAUAUGCUAAGGCAGAUUGUGCAUCAUAUGGUAUUGACUUUCAAAAUGGAGCUAGUUAUUUCAUCAACAGUGAAGAUACCUCCAACUUCACCAGCGUCACGCAGUUUGUGGGAUGUACUGGCAUUGCUGAUGUAAUUCUUGUUGGUCCUGAUGAGAAUUCUUGGUUGUGUAGCGACAUCUCCACCCAGCCUGACAACACCAAUAUGCUUUCAACAUGUCCUCUUUUGAAAAACGAGAUGUAUAGUGGAAAAUGGACUAUUGUAAUCUUGGGCAAUAAUGGAAAUAGUUCUUCUUUCGCUGCCCAAAGAACGUUUGAUCUUCUAGUUGGACCUCAGGCUACAGUUAUAUAUACUCCAACAGUGAAUAUCACGAGUGUGGUAACACCGUCGACAACUUUGCCCACAACAACCACGGAAGUUAGUUCAACUACGAUUCCUGCUGUUACGAUUACUGCACCCUCAGCCACCGCAAAUAACACAGUCACAAUUACACCCCCAAAAGUUACAACGACGACCACUACUACAUCUACGCGAACCAUCACUUCUCGAAAAUAUACCUUCCCCAUUAUUACCACCACCAAGACAGCAUCAUGUAAAGUUCCUCCUAAACCCACCACCAAGGACCCAUUCCCAAACCAACAUUACCUCGCAUUGGCUCAAAGCGUCACAUCUGAUUCCCCCGUUAAACGCACUGGCAUACCGGGACCAGCUGCUGCUAUCAUCACUCCAGCUCCAAGAGCCAAUAUCAACAAUCGUGACGUUACUGUUGACGUUGCUAAUAUCCUUGGACGUCGUGCUGUUGGACGUCACCUCGAGAAGAAGCUCAAGAAGCGUGCUCCAGAUAUUCCAACCACGACAAUAACCGACACAACCACAUCUGAUUGGAAGACAUCCACCGUUACCACCACUACUACUACCACAACUUUCUACAGCACGGCCACCUCAACCAUAACUAGCACCGUGACCCCGGCACCAGUCACAGUCCGCAGUGGAGUGACUACUGCGACCAUAACAGCACCAACACCUACAACAACAAAGACAAUCCGGACUUCCACCGUCACAACUGUCACAUCGACAAUCACCAACAAUAUCACAAUCACAAAGACUGCAACACCCGCCUCAGUAAUCGCAACUUGUACCGCGAAGGGAGGAGUAAUUGUUUAA